AUGAUAACACACGGCUUGAAGUUCCUCGGCAUGACUCCUGCUGAGUUCAGCAGUCGCAAUCUCGGUAACAAGAAGGGCGGGAAGGGCGUCGUGCACUUGUUUCUCUUCAAGAAGAUGCUGCUGGAGUACUUGAACACGUGGCUUGUGAGCCACGGGUUCGGUGAAGAGCAACGGGCAAUGCUGAGUCAGCUGCUUACUCCGGAGUCCUACCGAAAGUGCUGUGGUGCUGCCGGAAUGAAGGUGGACACGCAGUGGAUGGGCCUCAAGGCCGGGAGCACCAGGCUGCUGAUUCAGUUCGUGAAGAAUGCAGUCUAUUCACAGAGCAUGGACCAGUAUCUCAAGCAAGCCAUCAAGAACACGAUGGACCCCAAGGAUGUCAUCCAGGCCGUCCAGACUCUGAAAGAUGCCUUGGAUGAGCUCCAGGCUUGCUUCCAGAAGGAAUCUGGCCCGCAGGCACCCGGCAAGAAGAAUGAGAUUGAGAAGGCCGAGUCUCAGGUUAUGGACAAGUCCUUCACUGUGCCACUGGCUGAGUUAGUGACACCGGAGCAAGAGAAGCUGGACGUGGACGGUCAGUUGAGUCAGUGGCAGGAGUACUUAGAGGAGGUUUUCGGACAGUGGGUCAGCUUCAUCUUGAAUGACAGCUCCAGCACCACGCUUGCAGAGAGCAUGAAGGAAAUGGCUAUUGUCCAGGCUAGCCAGCAGAAAGAUGGGCAGAAGGUGCUCAUCUACGAUUGCAAAACGGCUGGCGAAGCAUCCAGCCACCCGAACACGAGGCAGCCGCCGUUCAAGCCGAAAGACUUGACGAAAUGGGUUUGUGUGUUGGAUGGAGGCAAGUUCCGCAACGAAGGGCAGAUCCAGAGCGCUUUCUUGGACUUGGAGGGCAAACUCUUUUCAAAAGAAAGCCAGAAGUUCAUCGUUCUGACGACGCAGAAGUCCUUAGGGGACAGAAAAGAGAGAGUGAAGGGAUUUGUGAAUCAAAGCGAGAACCUCCACGUGAUGUGCACUGGUGGGCCCUUGGAGAUUGAAAACAAGCCCAGGCUCUAUCUGCCGGAUGCCACGACUCACGGCACACUCUUGGGGUACUUUAAGGCACCAAGUUUCCUUGACGGCGAGUGCUGGAGAGUGGAUCCCGUCAGCAAGCGCAAGAUGCUCGGCACCAACGGUAAGAUCCUCACCGGAGGAGCUGCUGCGGACCCACUCCCGAAACCGAAAUUUGAAGACGGACUCGAGCCCAUGUCGUGGCAUUUCACAGGAAAGCAGGUGUGGGAAGAGAUUCUGCAUGCAAUGGAAGCCCAGGUUGUCAUAGCCGCCACGUGCUUGGAUCACCUGCUGCCCUGCGUGUGUCUAGAAAUGCGGGUGCCGAUCGUGGUUUCCUGCUGGACAGAGGAGCACCGCCAGGCAUUGAAGACCAAGAUCAUGAAGUGCUUGUGGGGGAUGUUCUUAGAUGAGACAAGCCCGCAUCACCAGCCGGCUUUGUGCAAGCUGCUGAACCUCAAGAACUCCAAGCGCAAGGUUCCUCCCCCGGGGCUCCCGAAAGCAGCAGCACCAAAAAAAGCACGAGCAUCCAAGACCGCCAAGAAAGAUGGAGAUGAUGAUAUGGGUGACCCAGAUGAGACGGAGAGUGUUGAGAAGAAUCUGCCAGAUCCGAAUAAGCCCGACCCGAAAGUCAAGGCGGCACCGAAGCAGUCAGGCCGCAAAGCAGGCAACUCCUCCACGGGGUCCGAUGAGGCCAAGGCCAAGCUGCUGGAGAAGCUGAUGGGAGCCGCUGGGUGA